AUGACGGACAUAAUUAGCACUUCGUUCAAAGCAGUCACCGGACUCACUUCAAUAGCUCUUAACCCCGCGAUUCCCGCGUCUCUCCUAGCUUUCGCAGCUUACGCACCUCCAGAACUCCUGCGUCGCGCCCAGAGUCUCGAGAGACUCCACCGAUUCCUUGGCUCAAGGAUUGUCGCGAACUACCGACUUCCGCUGCAAAUCCUGCUCGUCGCCGGGAUCGCGAGAUAUCUCAACAGAACGGCAAAUCGCUGGGCUCUGAAUAACUGGAAGCUGAGCGGACACUCUGGCUGGCAGUGGGAGAAGGAGAUCGCGGUGGUGACGGGCGGCUGCAACGGCAUCGGCAAGGCGAUCGUGCUUGGGCUUGUGCGAAAGGGCAUCAACGUCGCCAUACUCGAUGUCCAGCCCAUCCCGCCCGACCUCCAGGCGAAUCCGAAGGUCAAGUACUGGAAGUGCGACAUCACUUCUGCUGCAGCGAUCGGUGAGGUCGCCGACGAGAUAAGAACUGUCCUGGGACAUCCCUCGAUCGUCGUCAACAACGCCGGCGUCGCCUAUACGCACUCCAUCAUCGACACGGACACGGAGUCAUUGCAGAGGAUCUUCGGGGUGAACCUCCUCUCGCUCUGGUCAACCGCCAAGGAGUUUCUCCCAAACAUGAUCAUGCGGAACAAAGGUCACGUCGUUACGAUUGCCAGCAUGGCUUCGUAUGCGGCCUUGCCCAGCGCGGUUGACUAUUCCGCUACCAAGGCAGGCGCACUGGCGUUCAGCGAAGGUCUCUCGUGUGAGAUCAAACAUAUCUACAAGUCGCACGGGAUCCUGACUACGGUUGUGCAUCCGAUGUGGGUGAAGACCAACAUGACGGCUGCUCAUGCCGAGAAAGUGGAGAAGUCCUACGGCCGCAUGAUGGAACCGGAGGAUGUUGCCCGGCGUGUUGUUGGUCAGAUCCUGAGUCGUCGUGGAGGGCAGUUGAUCAUCCCCGAUGCGUGGUCGUGGGCUUCUAUCGGCCGAGGUCUGCCGAGCUGGGUUCAAGAAGUGAUGCGGGACGCGGUUGGAAGGGAGGUUCCCCAGCUCGGACCGUAG